UAAUAUAGUUUUUAUCGACAUUAGUCUCAUUAUCAAGAAAAUGUCAAACGAUGUGCAAAACAAUCAUACAACACAAGGAAGAAAAAAUCAAAGAAAACUAAUAAUAUGAACAAUCCACCACCUAGCUUCCAUGAAAUCAAGAAACAAGCUUCUUUCUUCUUUAGAGAGAAGAUCAAGACUGCCCGGUUGGCCCUCACCGAUGCCACGCCAGCACAACUAUUGGCAGAAGAAGCUACAAAUGGGAAUCUGGGCGGCCCGGAUGCUCGGAUCUUGAAAAUAUUAACCAAAGCUGCUUUUGAAGUUGAUGAUUAUUGGAGAAUUGUUGGGAUUCUUCACAAAAGACUAGUGAAAUUUGAGAAGAGAAAUUGGGUAGAAUCAUACAAGGGUGUAGUGGUGCUGGAAUACUUGUUGACUCAUGGACCUGAGAGUGUUGCAGAGGAGUUUCAAAGGGAUAGAGAUGUCAUUUCACAGAUGGCAGCAUUUCAAUAUAUUGAUGAGAAAGGAUUUAAUUGGGGUCUGAACGUGAGGAAUAAAUGUGAAAGAACAUUGAAGCUACUCGAAAAAGGCCCGAUUCUCAAAGAAGAAAGAGACAAGGCAAGAAAAAUCUCGAUAGGGAUUCAAGGAUUCGGCAGCUUCUCCCACAGAACUUCAUCGGGGCAAGAAAUUAAUCAAGAAUCAUCGCUAAAAGCAUUUGACAGAUGCAAUUCACAGUUCAAUGAUCACACUUUUAAUCAAGAAGAUUCCCUUUUCGCCCCAAGUGAAAAAGAUACCGUCAAGACAAUCACAGAGAAUAAUAGUCUGCCGGAAAAAUCGAGUUGUACUCCAGUGGAUUAUUCAAAGGAAACAUUGGGUAUAAAUGAGAGAGAGGCUGUGGGUGAAUCAGACUCCCUUUUGAAUGAGCGAAAAAACGAGCCGAGGGGGAAAUUUUCGAUGGAAGAAUGUCAUCCGUUCGAUGAUGGUGAGCAUCUAACGGCACUGAUUUGAACGGUUGAGAUAUAUGAAAGAAACCAUGUUUAAGAAUUGGAGUUAUUGAUGUUUUUUUUAAGCAAGAUUCUGAUUAUAAUUUAUAGCCAUAUUGAGGACUCUUGAUGUAUUAUAAAAUUGAAAUGUAGCGCAACAUAGUUAACCUUUGGUGGCAUUAAUUUUUUUUA